AUCCACAAAACACUACGAAGUGCACAGUACGUACAGCCUCAGAAAGCAUAUCGAUUAUAAAACACCCAGCAGAUCUUCGGAAAAAGAAAUCCUAAGAUAAUGCCUCGUGCACGAACAAAAUACAUAUGGCCGCCACCGAUCCUCGCUAACGACACCGCUAUACUUCCUCCUCAGCGCGCAGAUGCGACUACUACUCCGACGAUUACUAACGCCACCAACAGUGAACCUCGAGGGAAGAAACCGAGAUUAGCAGCAUCGAAACGCAGAACAACUAGUCAGCGGAAUACGCCUGCUUCAGAAGACCGUGGAGUAUCUCGCGCUGGGGACAACCAAGACAAGGCAGACAAAGCUGGAGAGGAAGCAGUUGAAUGGGAUCCUGAUUCAGAUACAGCACCACCGUCUGUGGAAGUUGCCAUCGCAGCGUAUGCGCGCAUACCCAUGGAGACACAAAUACAGCGAUAUCGUGAAUGGAGGCGCUUCGGCUCAAUUCACGAGGACUUUUGUAUGGCGUGCCGCAAGUCCGGACCCGAAAAUCUGGUUCCUUGUUUCACAUGCAGUAAAUCCUUCCAUGAUCGUUGUAUACCGCGCGGUUCACUAUACAACGAGAGGAGACAGUGGUUUUGCGCGGUCUGUGUCCAUCGCAACUGGCAUGAACAACCGCCGACCUUAACACCCCCUGCGUCGCCGUCCCCCGAACCCUUGGCGGAUAAUAAUCAGCAGACACAAGGGAACCCGAGGAAAAGAGGCAACGCGCAUCUAGCCGAUCAGGAGGAAAAUGCGACGUCUACAGGAAAUAAUUCGCAGGCCUUGUCUAUACUCGCUGAAAUAUCGCGCUCAAUGUCUCGAGGGGAGACGCGACGUGCAAAUGUGCCUUCGCAUCGGUUUCCAGAAGUAUCUGCGCCGUAUUCGCCCAAUCCUUCUUCUAUUACCCUACCAUCUAUAUCCACUAGACCCGAGUUUGGUUUAACAGCACCAUCUCCUUCUGCGUACGUCGGCGGUGGUGGUUCAAUAUUGGACUCGCAUGCUCGCAAAUCCAAAUUCGCGACUUUAUCUUCCGAGGUCGAUUCCGCGCUAUGGGUACUCUACCGCGAACUAGAAAGCGUAACAUCGCUACGACAAAGGAUCGGAGAACUUGAAUCCGAAAUUGUCAAACUCCGCCAGGAUGUCAGUAUCCGAGAUAAUCAACUUAUCCUUUCGCGGAGGUCGAUGUCGGUGCAUGGUAGCCUACCCAAUGGCAUCUCGCAAACUGAGAUUGAUCGAUUACGCGUUCAGGCUGCUAAGGUAGAGGAGGUCACGAGACAGACAGAGUCUUUGCGUGCCAAAAAUGAGGCCUUGGAAAAAGCCUUGGAAGAGGCAAAAGCCGAAUCAGCAAGUAAAGAUAAGACUUUGAAUGAAUGGAAAGGUCGGUUAGUGAGCUUGAUUGGGAAUUAGGAUAGCUGUUCUUCUUUCGAUAUUUCAGUCCCAUUUGUUAUGCACCUUCUGGAGUUUAUGUCCCAUUUUUGAAUGUGUUAUGGAAGAUACCAUUUUGUUUGAGUGCUUUGUUUGUUUCCCUUGUUGGCAUUUAGCAUGUUUGGACAUUUCUAUAAAAAUCGUCGUGCUUUUUUUGGUACUCAUUUAUUCGUCUAGACCUUUACCUGUAUAUGUAGGUAUAGAAAACCAGC